GAUAUGCACACGGCUGUUACAAUGGUGAAGAAGGACGCUAACGGACAAGACACGAAAAAGAAGGAAAUACUCAAGGGUUCUGAAAUAUUUUCAACGAAAGUAAACGGAGAACUGCCAGCUCGAAUCCUCAUUUCGGCCCCCGCUGGGAGGGGGAAGACCACGGCUGUCGCUAAGAUGGCUCACGAUUGGGUUCACAGAAAAAAGGGGUCAGCCUUAGAAGACCUGCCACUUCUGUUUGUUGUGAAAUUCCGAAACACAAAUCGGCUUACAUCGAUCGGAGAAGCUAUACAAACCCAGCUUUUGAGUGAUGUUGAUGAUCUCACACCAGAGGGUCUGGAGAGUUUCAUUAGACAGAAUCAGAGCAUCUGUCACAUCAUACUAGACGGCCUAGAUGAGUAUGCCGGUAUCUCUUCUUUAGAACGAAGCUCGGAGAGCAAUAUUUUCAGUGUCAUCCGCUGGGAGGAAUUUCCUGAGUGCCGAGUCCUUGUAACAACACGCCCUCACCUAGAAAACAUCUUCAAUCAAGAUGAACUUCCAAGGGUAUACACAAAGAUGUGGAUAGAAGGAUUCUCACGAGAUAGCUCACGUGAGUACAUCGACAAGUUCUUUGCUUCGACUUCGAAUAAUUAUAGCAGACAUGGUCAUGGUCUAAAGGUUUACCUUGAUGAACAACCGCUCAUUAAUGAACUUGUUAAAACACCUCUAUUUUGUCUCAUGGUCUGUCAUUUAUGGAGCGAAGGGCUUUUAAACACUGAAAUUGCAACUCAAACAGAAUUAUUAGACAGCGUGAAUGUUUUUUUGAUGCACCAUGCAAACGUCCGAUCAAAGUCAACGGUAAAAAUCACACGCAAAAAGUUGAGGAAAACCAUUUGUCAAUUAGGCAAAGUGGCCCUUAAUGGUUUGCUCGACAAUGCUAAAAAACUAGUCUUCACGCCUGAUGAUUUCCGUAAACUUCCCGCAAUCCUUGAAAGAGCAUGUGAGCUUGGGAUAGUAUCCAAGACGACUGUUUCAUUAACACGCCUUCCCCAGUCCAACGAGACCACUUCCACUACUAUUGAGUUUUAUCACAAACUCGCACAAGAACACUCGGCUGGGAAAUUUCUCGCUGAUCAAACAAACCACUUUCUGCUGCGCUUGAAGUUAUCUAAGUUAGACAGAGUACUGCUCAAGAUCAAAGCAAACAUCGGCGACUAUGAGAAUCUCAUCCGAUUUGCUGCUGGUACGGACAACAACCUAUGUAUACGAAUAAUGGAGAAGGUCCUUGCAAACAGCUUUGUGGAUGAGAGCGAGCGAUAUCGCAUUCUCCUUGACUGCUCAUCAGAGACCAAGGGUACCGAAGGAAAUGUGUCUUCGUUGGUUCAAAGAUGUGUGAAUGCACAAUGUAUUGUUCUAAGGGCACCGACUGUCUACACCGUCGUUGGGAUGCAAAAUCUUCCAAAGCAACUAAAACGUGAGGUAAAGACAGUAAAGUUCAAGGGGUGUACUUUAACAACCGACGUGACGAGUGGACUAUGGUCCUGCCUCCAAUCAUUUUCGAUGCUACAUACUCUCACCAUCUCAGACUCCUCUCUCAGUUUUCCUACAUCUCCUCCGGAGCUUCCAUCAUUUACAAAGUUAUCCGGCGAGAGAGUGAAUUCACUCUGCUACGAAGGUGUGCUCUUAUCGGUACCUGAUGUGAGAGAUAUUGAUGUAUUUAUCGAUGCUGCAGAGACGAGCAACACCUUUCAGAUUACCGCUGCCUCCAGGACUAUGGGUCAGGCCAGGGCUAGGGAUGAACACACUCACCACGGACAGGAAGAUUGA